AUGGAGAAGGUCAGAAUUCAGAUCGGCGCAUGUACCCGAACAACAUGCUGGAUCGACUCCCGUGCACUGCGAGCAUUUAUUAAGCAGAGCCAGUGUGGAUGGAUAGUAGUCAGACUCACGUUCACCCCACAGACACCACAGUUUGUGGCAGACGCGGUCAGAUCAGCGCACUUUCCAGAGCAGCAGGCGGGAAUUGUUCCGGUGCACUGUAAAAAUCGUAAACUGGGAAAGUUCUGGACUUACCACUGGCGCAUUGCAUCCUCCACAUCGCUGGAUGCUCGAAGCCAGAUCUUGGCAGGUACCAUUGCAACAGGCUGGUUGCAGCCCAGUACACUAGUGCUUGUUUAG